AAAGUUAGAAUAAUUUCCUGUAAAAAACAACAUAGGGAAGGGGCUACAUUUAUUUUGAAGGGCAUGAGCGGAAGUCGCAGUUAAACUAACUUCUGUUUGACCACGGUGAGUAAACGUGCUCGCUGUCUGUCCUGCAGUGAUGUUAGGCGCUCUCUGUGUGGACUCAUCCUUCUCGAUUCUCUCUCAAGCAUCGUCCACAGCUCGCGAUCGGGUUGCCGUCAGUGACCGGAAACGAGCUGAGGAACCGGCUCGGUUUGGGUGGACCGGACAGAACAGUCGGCACGAUGGCUGAUGAUUUGGGGGAACCUCUCCAUCACACAGACAACAGGUCCUGUAGAUAACCCCCCUUCAUCAUCCUCAAAGGCCACCGUAACGUCGCAUCUCGUGCUGCGUGUCGCGUGAGGGACACUGCGUGAAGCAGGUGAAGUGUGGCUGGGGGGCUUCAGCAGGAUGGAAAUAGAUGCCUGUUUUCGCUACUACUUCCAGCACCCGUGGUCUCGCCUAAUUGUCGCUAACCUCGUCACCUUCUUCAACUUCCUCAUCUUCGCCGAGGACCCCAUCUCUCACAGUCAGACUGAAGCCCACAUUAUGGUGGUGGGCAACUGCUUCUCCUUCCUGUUCAACAAAUACCCCGGCCUCGGGUGGAACAUUCUGAAAGUAAUAUGCUGGAUAUUGGCCAUCAUCACCGGCCUGCUAGCUGGGAAGUUUAUAUUCCACCGCCAGCUCUUUGGUCGAUACCUGCGGCUGAAAAUGUUCCGCGAGGAUCAUGGCUCCUGGAUGACCAUGUUCUUCAGCACCAUCCUCUUCCUCUUCAUCUUCUCACAGAUCUACAACCUUUUCCUGUUGAUGGCUGGGAAUAUGAAGCCUCACAUGGUGACAGAAUACAUGGGAAUCAGGAAUGAGAGUUUUAUGAAGAUUGCUGCAGUGGGGACAUGGAUGGGAGAUUUUGUCACCGCUUGGAUGGUGACAGAUAUGAUGCUCCAGGACCAAAAUUACCCAGAUUGGGGAAAAGCUGCCAGGAAGUUCUGGAAACGAGGCAACAACAGGAUUGUUCUGUUCUGGUCAGUGCUCAUCUCCUUGACUUCCGUUGUAGUUCUGGUCAUCAGCACCGACUGGAUCAGCUGGGACAACUUGAACCGAGGCUUCCUGCCCAGUGACGAGGUCUCCAGAGCAUUCCUAGCCUCCUUCAUCUUGGUCUUCGACCUUCUUAUUGUAAUGCAGGACUGGGAGUUUCCUCACUUCAUGGGCGAUCUAGAUCUCAAUCUGCCUGGAAUGUCGACGACCCACGUUAAGGUCAAGCUUCCUGUCUGCAAGAGCAUCUUUAAGGAGGAGUACCACCUUCACAUCACAGGCAAGUGGUUUAACUAUGGCAUCAUCUUCCUCGUGUUGAUUUUGGACCUUAACAUGUGGAAGAACCAGAUCUUUUACAAACCCUAUGAGUACGGCCAAUACGUCGGCCCUGGUGAGAAGAUCUACACCGUUGAAGAGCCUGAGACUCUGCAGAACUUUAACCACAGCACCCUUACUUACGAGUGGCGCUCCACCAACAUUGACCCCUCUACCAACAUGACGUACGUGCUUCGAGACAUGUUUCUGCACAGCCGAUACACCGGGGCCAGCCUUGAUGUCAAAUGUCUGGCUUUUAUCCCGAGUCUUGCUGCGUUUGUCCUCUUCGGCUUCUUCGUCUGGUUGUUGGGCCGGUUUCAAGGCAGCGAGACCUUCCCGGAAAGUCAAGACAAGGCGUACGAGAGGAUUAAGAAAAAGUCCCCCUCCGAGUACAGCAAGGAGAUGGGAGUGACGCCAGAGGAGACGCACUUCCCAAUGAGCGACAGCCAGAAACGACUGAGCACGCCAAUGCUGCUGUCGGUGGAUUUGCCUCACUUCGGGGCCACACCUUCUUCCAACUCGACCAUCUCUAUGGAAACCCAAGAGACGCACCCAAGCAUUGCCAUUGACAGCUCGGCACUGGAUGAACCAUCUGGGUUUUCUGAUGUCCACAGACUCUCUCCAUGACUGUCACAUGGCUGAGUUUGCAGUAGAAGUUGUAUUGACAAGUGUAAUUUAUUAAGAGAGAAAUGUAAUGAGGAAAUUAGAAAGGUUGUGGCAGACACCCAGUUUUCUAAUUUUGUAGGAAUCCCUUUAUAAAAGACUCAUUAUUAACAACAAUUUUGAUGUGAAGCAUUGAACCUGCUAUUGAACCUAGGGCUUGCUAUGCAGUUUCAUAACUCAAUUUUUGUCAGCGUAAUCUAAUGGGUGCCUAUACCAGAGCAGUGUUUCCACAGUCCAUUGUAGUGUUUCAAAAAAGAUAUAUGACAGCUACAGGUGUGCCUUAAUUUUAUGUAUUUAAAUUCUGAAAUAUCCAUAUUCAAACAGCCUUUACUGCUAUAGUCAACAGCGUUCUCCUAGAUAACGUCUUCUAUACUGAUUCCUGCAUAAUAUUCACAUAUCUAAUAUACACUUAUUACCUCAUUCAAUCUUCAUAUUCAGCCACUUUAAUUUCUCCUCCAGUGAUUUCUCUCUCAAUCUAGUGUAAAUGCACAUCUCAUGUUGAAAUUACAUGAUUAUCAACAUCGAUGUAUGCUGAUGACCUUUUCGUAUGCCCUCACUUGAUAUCCGUUUUGGAGAUAAUAAAUGUAAUCAGCAGAGAUGAAAUGGCAAGCCAACAAACCGCUGCAUGAUUGCUAAUGUGUCUGCUGUGCCUUCGCUGCAUACCAAGAGUGGAGAUGCUUUUUGUUUCUCAUUGCAACAUAAGUGGAAGCUGGCUUCUGAUUAAAAGAUCACAAAUUC